AUGGAUCCCUUCAAGGGAAACCCCUCCGAGUUCAAUAGGAAGCCAGUCCAGGGACGGCCGCCGAGGCAAUCUGUCGACGACACCGAAGACCAGUACGCCUACGAUCUGGCCGCGGCCACCGUAGCUGACGGCUUCCGACCCGCGGAUCUACCAACCGAUGGUUCAUCGUCAUCUUCGACGCCGAAUGAUCCCACCAUCGCCUCACCCAACUCCUCGCAGGCUCGAUUGCUGUCUCUCGAACCAUCUCACCAACAGCCGUCGACUUACGCCGCUUCUAAACCCCCUCCACCCACGCCUGGCCGCCCCUCAAGCGCAAUCAAACCACCACGACCCCACGACUCCCUCACGCUGCGCAACGAUGGUUCAUACACUCUGCAAACAGGCCCGUCACUAUCGUCGUCCGCGGGUAUGCCUCAGAUACCACCUCAGGGCCCUUAUCAAGGUCCCACCAGCGCUUCGCAUCCGUAUCAGAUGUAUCUGCAAAGGACAUUAAGCGACGCCACGGCCUCCACAGACCAACCUGCGAGCCGCAAUUCAUACGACGGUCCUCGCGGUCCAGCUCAUCCAUAUGCUCUCUAUCCGCAGAACAUUGUCACCACGGGAGACGAGACCCCUCAUCAGAUACCUGUCGGCUUUACGACAUCUGGCCAUGGAUACCAGAGGCAGCUUGGCCCUGAUGGAGAAGAAGCAGGCGCUCUGGUUGGACCUCUGGGACACACUGAAGAGUUACCUCCUUACACGAGAUACCCCGAUCAUGGUGUUGUCUCUAAAACUCCAGUAGCAGUUGCAACAGCAGCAGCAGCAGCGGAAGAUGGUAUGGCGGAGACUGGGACUCCAACAACUGAGGCGAUUGCCGGCGCCGGGGGCAUCGGAGUCGCGACGCGCAAUCCUGAGUUCUCUUCCACCGAGGAAGACCUUCAGCCUUCACAGUCCAGGCCCUCUACCCACAGUCGGCACGACAUUAACACUGCCGCACAGAGCUCAGCAGAGAAGGCCCCGGCGAACAAGUGGCAGCAAGUGGCAAAGCGGAAGCUCUGGGGCAUCGUGCCCUACUGGGCCAUUUGUAUGCUGUUCAUCGGCGUUCUUCUCAUUGGCAUCAUCUUGGGUGCCGUCAUAGGGAGUGUUCUGUCACGGCAUAAGCCUCAUCCAUCUGGCGGGAACUACCCGGGGCCUACCCCCACGCCGGCACCCGACGUGAUUCCUUUGCCCCUCGUCCCUAUAACUCUGCCUCGGCUGCCUGUCGGUAACUAUGCGAUGCCGCCACUCACUACCAACCAGUCGCCCAACGCGUGCCUCAGCGACCACACUCAGCUUGCUGCUUGGAGCUGCAGCUUGCCUUACAGCUACUAUCAAGUCAACGUCGACGUAUCUACGACGCAGAGGGACACGGCGUGCUAUAACCUCAGUCUCAAGGCCAUCAACCCUGUGGAUGCUGAGUUCCUCUGGGGAACGCAGCCUCCAAACGUGUAUAGCAAGGAAAUGAUACUUGUCAAUGACACCCAAGAACCUCGGCGUGGCCCGGCGUGGUGGCUGCAGGUCACCUACGACAAGGUGGUCGUCGUCGAAGAGGAUGACUUUCCUGCAAAGACCAAGCGCUGGAGCAAUCUAGGCCGCCCGACUGUCGCCGACAACGACGUGAUUCGGACCAAGAGCAGCGCAAGCGUCGGGGCCAAAGACGGCGACAAGCCCUGGAUAUGCACAUGGCCCGACACCACACUCGAGGUGUUCAUCUAUCCCAUUCAGAACAGCACCAGCUCACAAGCCUCCCCGACCGCGACAACAAGCUCCGCGCCCAAUCCGUACCCUACGGACGGCUUCCACCCAUAUCCGAAGUCGAUGAAGUUUAUCGAGCGCCGGGUCGUCGACGGCGCUCCCAAGGCGUACUGCCGCCAAGUCCAGAUCUACAACCAAGGACGCAGCAUGAAGAACUUGACCGACAGCUUUGGGAACCCCAUCAUUGUCGACAUUGACGUGGACUACGACCCGGAUUCGGAUCCGCAAAAGGCCUAUCCGGUGAAGCGGGACCGACGUUCGGUGCGCAGGAGCUGGAGCGACCAUUGGGUCUCGCGGCAGGCUGUUGACCUGACGCCCUGUGGCUGCGUGUGGUGGUCUCCUGCCCCCAGUAACCCGUAG